GUAUUUUUAGUUGCAGCUGCAGUUAAGAAAAAAAUAAAAAAGAACAUGAAGCAUGGCCCACGCAAUCAAAAGAGUCCCAAGUCUAGCGGGCACGGAAAGAGAAACAUUGCCCAACAGCAUCACAACACCUAGAUCAUCAUCCACAUCAUCAACGGCAUUCACAUCCGCAUCUCCGGGAGGCACUAACCCAUUAGUAAAGGACACCUCGAACUUGGGGGAGGACAGCCAGAGAUCUCUAAAGUGCUUGGAGACGCUUGCUCAGAAAACAGGCAUAUGCUUCGACGAGGAUUUCGCUAGUUCGUCGCCUACCCAAUCGCCCAGCAGCCAAACACGAGGAACAGCCGGCACACCGCCCAUUAAACAGCGCCGCCAUCCGCUCCUGCCGAUCAAAGCCAAUUCACCAAGGACUCCCAUCUCGUCGAGACGCGGCCGCACGCUGGAGAAGUCACAGAGCCCUGCCCAACAGGUGGCAGCCGCCGCCACGGUGCCGCUGCAGAUCUCUCCGGAGCAGCUCCAGCAGCUUUACAAUCCCUACGCCAUCCAGGUGAAGCAAGAGUUCCCCACGCAUACAACGGGAGCGGGCACGGAGCUGAAGCAUGCGACCAAUAUCCUGGAUGUGCAACAGCAGAUGCAGCUGCAGCAGCAGCUCUCCGAUGCCAACGGAGCCGGAGGAGCUGCUGGAGCCACAGGAGUGGCGGGAGGCGCACCAAGUCCUGCCAAUGCCCAACAGACGCAGCAGCAGCACUCGACGGCCAUCAGCACCAUGUCCCCGAUGCAGCUUGCGGCGGCUACCGGAGGAGUGGGCGGUGAUUGGGGGCAAGGCAGGACGGUGCAACUGAUGCAGCCCUCGACCAGCUUCCUGUAUCCGCAGAUGAUCGUGUCCGGUAAUCUGCUGCAUCCUGGCGGCCUUGGCCAGCAGCCCAUCCAGGUGAUUACCGCCGGCAAGCCCUUCCAGGGCAAUGCGCCUCAGAUGAUCACCACCACGACGCAAAAUGCCAAGCAGAUGAUCGGGGGACAGACGCAGUUCGCUGGAGGCACCUAUGCCUCGUGCCUGCCCUCCAACCACAACCAGUCGCCACAGACGCUGCUCAUCUCGCCGGUGAAUGUGAUCUCGCACUCGCCACAGCAGCAGCAGAACCUGCUUCAGUCGAUGGCGGCUGCAGCCCAGCAACAGCAGCAGCAGCAGCAACAGCUGACACAACAGCAGCAACAACAGCAGCAGCAGAUUACUCAGCAGCAGCAACAGCAGCAGCAGCUCACGGCGGCCCUCGCGAAGGUGGGCGUGGAUGCGCAGGGCAAGUUGGCCCAGAAGGUGGUCCAGAAGGUGACCACCACCAGUAGCACGGUGCAGGCAGCGACGGCAGGCGGAGCAGCAGCCACGGCAGCCCAGGCCCAGCAGGUGCAACAGGUCCAGCAACAGCAGCAGCAGCAGACUACGCAGACCACCCAGCAAUGCGUUCAAGUCUCGCAGUCGACGUUGCCCGUGGGCGUGGGAGUAACCCAGGCUGGCCAGUCUGUUCAGUCAGUUCAGGCCGCCCAGCUGUUGAACGCCGGACAGGCGCAGCAGAUGCAGAUCCCCUGGUUUUGGCAAAAUGCGGCUGGACUGCAGUCCUUCGGCUCGAACCAGAUCAUCCUGAGGGGCCAGCCAGACGGAACCUCGGGCAUGUUUAUCCAGCAACCGGCCACGCAGACCCUGCAGACGCAGCAGAACCAGAUUAUCCAGUGCAAUGUGACCCAGACGCCCCCUAAGGCUCGCACCCAACUGGAUGCACUUGCCCCGAAGCAGCAGCAACAGCAGCAGCAGGCGGGAACUGCCAACCAGACACAGCAGCAACAGCAGCAGCAGCAGUUGGCGGUAGCCACGGCUCAGUUGCAACAGCAGCAGCAACAACUCACGGCAGCGGCUCUGCAACGCCCUGGAGCCCCGAUCCUACCCCACAAUGGCACCCAGGUGCGUCCGGCCAGCUCGGUGUCCACGCAGACUGCCCAGAACCAGAGCUUGCUGAAGGGCAAGAUGCGCACCAAGCAGCAGCCGGUGCGACCUGCCUUGUCUGCCCUGAAGACGGAGAACGGCCAGUUGGCGGGUCAGAACAAGGUGGUGGGUCACAUGGCCACCGUGCAGCAGCAACAGCAGGCGACAGCGAAUCUCCAGCAAGUGGUAAACUCGGCGGGCAACAAAAUGGUUGUGAUGAGCACGACGGGCACUCCCAUUACCCUCCAGAACGGACAGACUCUUCACGCACCCACAGCGGGAGUGGACAAACAGCAGCAACAACAGCAGCAGCAAUUGCAGCUGAUUCAGAAGCAGCAGUUUCUGCAACAGCAAAUGUUCCAGCAGCAGAUCGCUGCCCUCCAGAUGCAGCAGCAGGCGGCAGCUCAGGCCCAACAGCAGCAGCAGCAACAACAAGUCACCCAACAGCAGCAGCAGCAAGUGACCGCCCAGCAACAGCAGGCGGUGGCGCAGGCUCAGCAGCAACAGAGGGAACAGCAGCAGCAGCAGCAGCAAGUGGCCCAAUCCCAGGCGCAGGCGCAACAGCAGCAGGCGCUUGCCAACGCCACUCAGCAAAUCCUACAGGUGGCCCCAAACACCUUCAUCACCUCGCACCAGCAACAGCAGCAGCAACUGCAUAACCAACUGAUCCAGCAGCAACUGCAGCAACAGGUGCAGGCGCAUGUCCAGGCGCAGGCCCAGGCGCAGCAGCAACAGCAGCAGCAGCAACAACAGCAGCAACAACAACAGCAGCAGCAGCAGCAGCAGCAGCGGGAGCAACAACAGAACAUCAUCCAGCAGAUUGUUGUGUCAGGCGGAACGACUCCUCAGCAGCAACAGCAGAACACGGGGCAGCUCCAACUGAGCAGCGUGCCCUUCACGGUGUCUUCGACCACGACGCCAGCCGGAAUAGCCACCUCCAGUGCCCUGCAGGCGGCUCUCUCCGCCUCCGGCGCCAUAUUCCAGACUGCCAAGCCUGGCACUUGCAGCUCAUCACUGCCCACUAGCAGUGUGGUGACCAUAACCAACCAGAGCUCGGCUCCUCUGGUCACCAGCAGUACGGUGGCUAGUCUCCAGCAGGCACAAGCUCAAGCCCAGCUCCAACAGCAGCAGCAGCAGUUGAUCACCACCGCCAUGGCAGUAGCCUCUCAGCAGCAGCAGCAGCAGCAACAACAACAGCAGGGACCACCCUCCCUGACAGCCACGACGCCCUCGCCCACCACGAAUCCCAUCCUGGCCAUGACCUCCAUGAUGAAUGCCACAGUGGGGCACCUGUCAAGCGCUCCACCCGUCACAGUCUCUGUAACCAGCACCGCAGUCACUCCAUCGCCUGGCCAAUUGGUGACCCUCAGUAGUGCCAGCACGCCCACCAAGGAGACGCCUUCGAAGACGGCCACCCUUGUGCCCAUUGGCUCGCCCGUGACGCCCGCAGCGCUUCCAACUCAGGACAGAAGCGCGACGCCGAAAUCCUCAACACCAGCCAAUGUGAGUGCAUCCGCGGAGGCCAGCAGUUCCACCGGCGAGGCCCUGCCCAACGGAGAAGCUACUGAGGCGGCGUCUACGCCGGUGAGGACUGCCACCACACCCACCAGCAAGCAAAGCAACACGGUGCAGCCCACGGGCAGCAGCGGCACCACACCCAGCACCACUACCACACCCAGUGGUAAGGAAGAGACCAAGGUGGCAAGCUCCAUCAACUCUAGCGCCGCCACAACGCCUACCACGACGAAGACGGUCAGCAAUGGGAUCGGAACGGGGAGGAGCACAGCGUGCACCACGGGUAGCACUACUGUGACCACCACCACCUGCAGCACUACCACCACAACCUGCAGCAGUGCGACCAGUACAACCACCACGACGACGAGCAGCAGCAAUGGUGCGAAGGAUCUGCCCAAAGCGAUGAUUAAGCCAAACGUUCUGACCCACGUCAUCGAUGGCUUCAUCAUCCAGGAGGCGAACGAACCUUUUCCGGUCACGAGGCAGCGCUAUGCGGACAAGGACGUCGCCGAUGAGCCGCCCAAGAAAAAGGCGGCCAUGCAGGAGGACAUGAAGCCCAGUGGAAUAGCGUCCGCUCCAGCCUCCGACAUGGUGGCCUGCGAGCAGUGCGGCAAACUGGAGCACAAGACGAAGCUCAAGCGGAAACGAUUCUGCUCGCCGGGAUGCGCAAGGCAGGCGAAGAAUGGCAUUGGAGUGGUAGGAGUGGAGACCGGGGAGACCAACGGUCUAGGAACCGGCGGAAUCGUUGGAGUGGACGCUAUGGCGUUGGUAGACAAGCUGGACGAGGCCAUGGCCAAGGAGAAGAUGCAGACAGAGGCCCUGCAGGCUCUGUCCGAGCCCUUGCCCAUUCUGGCUGCUCCAACGGAAGUUCUACCACCAGUGUCCCUGCCUGUGCUGGCAACCGGCAUUCCGACCCCUGUUCCACUUGCACUUCCACUGCCGAUGCCGCUGGGACUGCCGUUGCCAGUAGCUAUAUCUGCUCCAGCCCCACUGCCAGCAGUUAUUCCUGCCGCGGCACCCGCAAGCUCCAGCGUAAACGGAUUGGAUCGCUCGCCCAUUAGUAGCUGGAGCGUGGAGGAGGUCAGCAACUUUAUCCGGGAACUGCCAGGUUGCCAGGACUACGUGGACGACUUUAUUCAGCAGGAGAUCGACGGCCAAGCUCUUCUGCUGCUUAAGGAAAACCAUUUGGUGCAUGCCAUGGGUAUGAAACUAGGACCAGCACUCAAGAUCGUGGCUAAGGUGGAGUCAAUGAAGGAGGUGUCACCCCCUGCUGAUGGCAAGGAGACCGCCGCAGCAUCUACGAUAACGGCAGGAGCGCAAUAGUGUCGGCGAGA